AUUUUUUCACAGUAAAAGUCCUGGUUCCCCCCACAGCCAGUGAAGGCCAUGAGGUUCCCCAGAAGGAAAGGUCCAGCCGGACCAGUACUCGCGGUGAGGCGGACCGGCCAGCCAGACCCAAGGUUCAACUACGAGCUUUUUAACUGCAACAACUUUAAUAUACGCUAUUGGAGCUGGAAUUACCGCGGCUGCUGGCACCAGACUUGCCCUCCAAUUGUUCCUCGUUAAGGGAUUUAGAUUGUACUCAUUCCA